GGAUGAAGCACGGCCGUGCAAUGUUGUACGGUCCGUCGUGGCGCGGAGAACAGGAGCGUCGCGCGACUGUUUCCCGUCCGCUUGCUUUGCUGGUCCCCUCGUGAGUCUUUUUUUUUUUUUUUUCCGGACAACCGCGUUUCAAUUCUUGUUCGGAAAAUUCCACCGCGCGCACACACAUGUGGACACGGAACACUCGGUAAACGGGACCGUUCGAGACAAGCGGAUUUCCUUCCCUGCGAGCGAGUUCUUGAAAAUUUUUGACUUGUGAUAUCGAAGGUGUUGCAUCUUCUGGGUCGGUGGUUCUUCUCACAGAUUCUUCGCACCAAAGUGAAACAUAUAUAUAUAUAUAUAUGUAUAGAAGUCGACGCUGCAUUCCCGAAAGGAUUGUACGGAGAUCUCCUGAGAUUCUUUUUUUUCUGGUGUACACGUCACACGCGAGAGGAAUAACAAGUGGGGCCUCACCACCAAAUCCCGCGGCAGGUAAAAAUUUUCUGACUCAUCGACUCGUCGAAAUUGUACAAGUAAAUUGAAAGCGAUGAGUGAAAUCCUUGACUGAACGCGUAACGGUUCUUGCGCGUCGUAAGUAAAAGCUCGAGGUCUUUUCCGAACGCACGUCUCGUCAUCGCAAAGAGCCACAUACACAAUGAAGACCGUCAUUUCCUGUCUGAUAUCCGCACUGGUGUCGAUCUCGAUCAACGCCGAGUCGAUCAACGAUUGCAACGAUCCGAAUUUUCACUCACUGGAAACGCCGGAAUCGGCCAGGCGAGAGUGCGGCCCGGCUUUCAAAAAUCGCUGUUACUGUCUCACAACGUGCUACGACGAUCGUCUUCAGUACGUUGUAAAUUGCACCAACACCGGUUUCCAAGACACGUCUCCGUUGCUGCAUCUUCCUAACGACACGCAAGUACUCAUCUUCACGGGGAACGAGCUGGAGGAAUUACCAUGGAACGUGUUCGGUACUCUGGACAAUCUGCCGUAUCUUCGAGUGAUCGACAUGUCGAAUAACAACAUACGCGAGAUCCGCGGCAAGGCCUAUCAUCACGUGCAACACGUGGAACGACUUAUACUCAACUUCAACAAGCUCUCGCUGGACCCAGCGAGAAGCCAUCCGAGAGUGUUCUCCAACUUCGUAUCCCUUCUGGAACUGCAUUUGACCAACGCCUUCGAGACCGGUUCGCCGAAGAACCUGGCGUCGACGCUUCAUGAUAUCUUCGUGAGGAGCAAUCUCACGAAGCUCAUGAAGCUUCACUUGGAGCAGAACAACAUCUCGGAGUUUCGGGACGCCAACGUGUUCUGCGAUCUGCCGAAUCUGCUGCAUCUCUAUCUCGGCGACAACAAUCUGACCGCGCUGCACUUCAACCUGUCGUGCCUGCACAAUCUCAGCUUCCUUGAUUUACGACGUAAUAGAUUCACGAGAGUACUCGAGCGCGAUCUUCACGUGAUCGACCACCUCGCGAAGCACAAUCGAUCCUUCUCCGUGGAUUUCUCGGCCAAUCCCUUCGAAUGUUCCUGCAAGCUGAAUCCGUUCGUCAAGUGGAUGAACAAGACGAAAGUGUCGAUCGCGCAUAAAUCCAGUCUGCGGUGCUACGAAGGAAAUGCGAGAUACGAUUUUUACGAGACGAAGAAUUGCGUGCCGAAAUUAUUGGCUUCCACUCGACGUGGCACGACGGUGAUACUUUGCUUCCUCUCGGUCGUGCUGAUCGUACUGAUGUGCGCCUUGUUCUAUCUGCAAAGAACGAAGCUCCAGAAAAGAAUCGAACCGGUGCUCGAUUCAAUCAGCAAGAGAGUGCGAUACACCUCGAUAGCGACCGGCGACGCUCGCGAAGAUGUGUAAGAAGAAAGAAGAAGAGAAGAGUUACACAGGCGCUUAAAAGUGAAAAAUGUCACUUUUUAUCUAGCGAAGACGCGAACUCUCGUCAAUCUGAUUCUCAAAUUAAAACAACGGACAAUUAGAAGAGCGCGUGUAAGAAAAAAGUUUUACACGUAAAAAACGUUCGUCAAAAUAUAUUCUUCUUUUAAUCAUUAAGUUUGUUUUUUAUACGUUGAAUUAAAAACUUUAUUUGUAUCUCGAGGUAUCGUUCGACGUCGCGCGGGUCUACAGACGGAUUUACAUUUCCACGCUUGAAAAGUGUUUAUAUAUAUAUGAUAUAUGUAUAUGAGAUCCAUUAAGCGCAACGUGUAAUCAAAUUGUAAUUAACCCAAGCGUGUUCGUCUAACGUUUUUUCUUUUAUAAAAAUGUGAUCGAAAUAUCUAUUCGUACACGAAUAAAUGUUAUUUAUUGUAA